AUGGCACCCGCAGAUCACAGCAAAACUGUAGACUUUGGAAUCAAGUUAGCGUCACUGAUGUCGGCUCCCCGUGUCAGUGACAUGCCUACAAUGGACAUCCUCACCGAUCUCGAGCUCAAUCAUUUAAUUGUAGAGGAAGAAGAACCAGCUGAUUCUACCCAGCCUCUUAGUUAUUUAUUGUCGCGGAUUUUCAGGACAUUUACUAUUGACGUCCCAGAUGUCACAGAGCUCCAGGUUCUGUUACAUAAAAUUCGUUAUCGUGAUACCAGACUUCAUGUUAAAUUUGCUCACCUUGAUGAACAGUCUUUGGUUCCACUGUAUGACGAAGACAGCUGCAGGUGGAACUGGGCACUUCCUAGGUCACAUCGUGAAUCUGGCAUUGAUCAGUUACCCGAACUCGAAGAGAUUGGAGAUGGAGAAGAGAAUAGCGGGGCGAACAAGGAGUUUGGGAGUGGGAGUAGUAGCCCAUCAGUUCAACAGCACACUCUGGAGGUCGAUGCCACCACUGAUGACACCAGCCAAAAAUCGCACACAUUGGAGGAUAUCUUCUCAUCGUUCUUCAAUGCUACAUGUGGUGCUGUUGUUCGGGAGAAUUCGCAGAACUCCACGCGCCCUGUAAAGGAUGACGAAAUGUCGCGGAAGCCUGACCUUGCGUUGUUGGACGAUGUAGAGGCUCGUUGGGAUACCAUCAAAGCCGUUUGCGAAUUGACGUCACAACCCUACACACCUUCAGGCACCAUUGGAAAAACACUCGACAGCAAGGCUUACCUUCUCUUGAGGCGCCAGCCUUGGAGGCAGUUUGUUUUACUUCUCUCCCUUACCAACGAGUACCGUGAACUACAAGUCCAUAUGUAUGACCAUGCAGGCGGUGUCAUGACGUCUCCCAACCAUAUCGACGAGGCUCCCAACCAUUACCUCCAUAUCUUAUCAAGCGUCGUCUUCGGUCACAUUGAAUGUAUAGGGUACGACCCCUCCAUCAAUAUCUUCACCAAGACACUUCGCCCUGCCCAGCUCGAAAACCCAAUUUUUCGCCCUUCUGGUAGACGACAAGUUACAUUAGAUCAAGUGCACGGCCCCCAGAUGGAUGGUGCAAACCAAAGCACUGCAUCAAAUGCACCAAAUAUGGUUAUUGACGCACCUGAGUCUGACUUGGAAAUGGACCCGGACACGAAUACGCUAAGGUCAGAGUUGGACUCAGAGAACAUUGUUAUGGACCCCCCACAGCUAGAAAUACCCAAAGACCCUCUUCGCCAACCCUUUUCAGAACUGAUCGGCAGGAUCACAGUUAACAAUCACGUAUAUGACAUCCUUGAACUUAUUUUCUCUAGUCAGGGACUUGUGGGUCAAGGCACUGUCUGUUAUCUAGCCAGGAGAGACGAAGAAGAAUACAUUAUCAAGGAUCAUUGGGUUCUUGGGCGUAAAGAUGCCGUGCUGAACAAAGUCAACAUGCUGCAGGAGAUGAAAGGGGUCCAUGGCGUGCCAGAACUGGUUGAGUAUUGGCUUGUUGAGAUCACACCCAGGGAAGUCGAUGAAACUGUGAAGUAUCGAUACAAGAUUUUCAAAAGCAUCAAAGGUACCUCUCGUACACAUCUACGUUUGGUUCUGAAGCCCCGCGCACGACCUUUACAUGCGUUGCGGACCAAAGUAGAGUUAGUAGGUGCCCUCCAAGACAUUGCCAAAAUUCAACAGACAGCGGUUGAGGAACGCGGAAUUCUUCACCGCGAUUGUAGUCUCAACAACACCAUGAUCUGGGAUGAUGGCAGCCAAAAAUAUGCUAUCGGCGGGACGGGUACAUUGCCGUUCAUGUCUCGUUCUCUUCUGUGGCAGCUUUCAGAGGCUGUUGGUGACCCAGCAACAUCUGUUCGCAGCUGGAAGGCGAAGCUUGCAAUGCAUUCCCUUGCAAUGCCCCCCCCUCUCGUACUACACCACUACCAUGACGAUCUCGAAUCCCUUUUCUACGUCUUCAUGUGCAUCUGCAUCAAAUACAGGGGACCCCUCGGUAUUAAACGUGAUCUUUCAGCUGAUAGGUGUCAAGACUGGCUACCACAUCAAUGGGCUGUCAACACGCUCAAAGAAGCCAGCGAUGUGAAGACCUCGUUCUUUUUCCACCCAAAUGUACACAAGCUUCAGCAACAAUUUCACCCCUACUUUGCCAGUCUACUCCCACUUGCAAAGCAAUGGUAUGAUUUGAUCAGGAACAAAGGUCCAUCAAGUAUGGUAACUUUCCAGGAGGUCAUUAAUCUGUUGGAAACGCAUCUCGACAUGCUUCCGAAGAACGAACCUUCCCCUGAACUACUGUUUGCAAGGAGAGUUAUUGCAGCACUCCCGCAAAAGAGAAAUGCGAGUGAAUUGGAGGGUGAUAAUUGGGGUAAUUCGGAUCUAACAGUCGAUGAACGUAAUGUAAUAAAAACAAAAGGUCGGAUGGGCUGGACGAUGGAAGUCACGCCCCAGCUCACUGGCAAGCGGAGUAGAACUACAUGA